CACAACUAAAUGCGCACACACUCGUAGUUGAUCACGACUCCCUAUAUUCUUUAAACGCUGUCUCUCUGCGAAGAUCAACGCAAAUUUCGCCGAGAGCGUGAGAAGACCGAAGAAGGCCCUGGAAGCGAAGCUCUCCAAUGGCUUACGUCGAGCGAGGUGUGGUGAAAUCAAAGCGGUCAAUAUGGAGGUUGAAAACAAUCACUGAUUUCUUCUGGGCCAUUGUUAAUAUCAUCGGUGUGUUUUUUGCAACAAUGUUUUCGAUGGAAAAAUCAGAUGCUUAUAGAAAAGGCAAAGCUUCUGGGAAGAAAUGGGAUGGUGGGGGUCCAGGGGGUCCUGGAAGUGGCCCAUCUGGUGGUGGACCACGUGGUCCACCCCGUGGAUUAGACAACGUUCGAGGAAUUGAUCAUAGUAAGUCCUUGUUUUCUUUGCUGGAUGUGUUCGAGAAUUUUCCUUAGUAUCUACGCAAAACUUUAAAUCUUCACUUAAUUAACAGGUUCGCUUCCUGCCUGUGGUUCCUGCUGCGGCUGAAGGGCCAGAGUUAUAUCUGUUUCGAAGGUGUCAAAUUGUUUGGAGUAAUUGGAGCCAAUUUAUGAAGUGGUAACGUGGAAUUAAUACUGAUGUCGUGAGGUACCCCAACAUAAACAACUGUAAUCAAAUAAACGAGAUCUUUAACUGUUUUACCUAAAUGUUGUGGUUUCUACUUGUUCUAUGUGGUUCCUAUCGUCCAUUUGGUUCACUAUUUGUUUAGAAUAUUCUAUGUGCAAAUUUCUUACCUCAUAUGAUGGUAAUGCGAAGCAGAAAUUUUUGGAUUUCUA